AGGUGAUGCGGUGCUAUUUUAAAACUUGUGGGUCUGCACCGCACUCCAACCCACCGCACCAUUGUCAUACACUUGUACAGUUGUACUUUACUUUCCGAAAGUAGACGGAAUUCUCGAGAUUAAAUGGUUUGGCAAUAGAGAUUCUUCUCUCUCCAUUGCAACUCACAACAAGAGCAAAAAACCCACAAAUUAUUUAGCAAAAUUCAAUGUUUGCAAUGCCAACACUUCCAAUAGAACUCAUUACUGAAAUACUCUUGAGGCUUCCUGUGAAAUCUCUGUUGCAAUUCAGGUCUGUUUCGAAAUCUUGGUUUGCUUUAAUCUCUAGUGCCGAAUUUGUCAAAACCCAUCUUAAUAUAUCUGGUAAAAAGCACAACGUUAUAUUAACAGGACUCAUAAAUGCGUUCACUUCUCGUGAAACCCAGUACGUUCUUAGGGACUAUUCUCUUAGUUCUUUAUGUAAUGAUGAUUGUGUGAUCGAGGCAUUUGACUUGGAUUAUCCCAUGAGUAGCCCGCAACAAUAUGUUUCGAUUGUGGGUUCUGUUAAUGGGUUGAUUUGUCUUAUGAUUAGUGAAGUUGACUUGGUUUUAUGGAAUCCUUCUAUUAGGAAGUUCAAGAAAUUGCCUGAUUCUAGACUUAAAGAUAAAGUAACCGGUGGUAACCAAUGUGAUAUACCUAAGGGUGUUUGUGUUGUAUAUGGUUUUGGAUAUGAUGAGUCCAGUGAUGAUUAUAAGGUACUAGGUUGUAUUGAAGAUCGUAUUAACCUUGUGCCUCAGGCUGAGGUGGAAAUAUAUAGUUUAAAGAGCGAUUCUUGGAGAAGUAAGGAUGAUGUUCCGGAUGGGGUGCUAUUGAGUAAACCAUGUAAGUGUGUAAACGGGAAGCUUCAUUGGAUUAAUAAUAAUAAGGAAAGUAACAUCAUUUCUUUUGAUUUGGCUGAUGAGAAAUGGGGAAAGGUGGAGCUGCCCCGAUAUAGAGAAGGAAACCUUUUCUUGGAUCUUAAAGUGUUGGGAAGUGAUCUUUGUGUGUUUUGUAACUAUAUGGAAAUUCAUGCGGAUGUGUGGGUUAUGAGAGAUUAUGGGGUUAAAGAGUCUUGGACAAAAAUGUAUAGCGUCAAAUAUCCUGAUCGUUUUUUUUCUCCUUUUAUUUCUCGAACACUUUGCAUGUCAAACAAAGGUGAAGUAUUGCUUGUGCCUGGAUCGACUUUAAUGGUACACAAUCCAGAGGAUGAACCUAUCAGAUAUCCAAAGGUUACCAACUUUGAUUUCUGUGUUGCGAUGAACAUCUACAUUGAAAGCCUAGUUUCUCCCCCUUUGCAGAAUGAGCUAAGCAAGGAACAAGAAUGAAGACUGCGAAAGCUCAGAUGAAUGACAAUAGUGCAGCUGAUGACUUGAGGUGAAAGCUGAUGUUAUGAACAACUAAUCCACCCCCUACUGAUGGCAUGGAUCAGAAUGAUGAAGACAUGUUUCUCUGCUCUCAAUGUUCAUUGUGAUGUGCUAAUGUUAUUUCCAGCAAGACAUUUAUGAUAAUCUUAUUUCAGCAUAUGGUAAGAUGGAAACACAUUAAGUUGAACCAAUUUGCUGAUUAUGGAGGUUAAGAGAUGAGAAUUGGUCUGUGGAAUAUGAAGUUCUCAAUGAUGCACAUGUGAUUCUUCCUUGUA